CGUCCAGCGGCGGACCGCAGUACAUCGGUACCGAUGCCGCCACAGCGGCGGCGGUGGCCAAUCUGCGCAGCAAGGUGCCCUCCAUCUCGAUAAUCCCGCUGCCCGUCUCCACCACCAUAGUGGCGCGUAGUGCUGGUGGUGGAGGCGCCAGUGGUGGUGCCACUUCAGCUGUGCCCCAACUGAUCCACUCGGCCAGGAGUGGCGUGUCCAUGACCAGCAAAUCCACGGGCACUUCUCCCCCUCUUACCUUUACAUCGGAGGGAAACGCAUCCGUUUCCGUAUCCGGAUCGUCGGGUGCCCCCGCCCUGGCCCUCCUGCCACGCCCGCAGCAGCAGCACCAAUACCAGCAGACCGACAAAUGCACCGUCCUCAAACUGGACGUACUGAAGCCACAGCCUGGGCUGGGCUCGAAUUCCAGCUCCAGCACCUAUCUGCAAAUAGAACAGCAGCUCAGCGAGCUGGAGGCCGCCGACGAGGAGGAGGAGAACAUGGCCAGCUUGCUGGGCAGUGCUCCACCCGCCCAAAUCUUGGCCAACCAGCCCAUCAUAGUGAAGAUCGAGCCCACGCAAUCCUUUCACAUCGUGGACGAGGGCGACACGAGAGUGCUGAGCCUGCCCCUCAGUGAUGCGGACAAGCUGGGCGCCAGUUGGAUAGAUCUCAAGGAUAUAGCUGGAUUGCAGGCCAGUGGAGGAGCCACCCUGCUGGACGUCUGCUUCGAGCAGGCCAACGAGGAGGGCACCAUUAUAGCCACUGUCCAGCCGGACUUGGACAACGAACUGGAGGCUGAGCUGGAGGAGAAGGGCGAGACCGAGGAAGAGACUGAACCAGAGCCACCGGCACCGAAAAGAUUGGCCACCUCCAGGCCAGCACAGUCGCGGCCACAACAACAGCAACAGCAGCAGCAGCAACAGCAGCCGCAACAGCAACCGCAGCAGGUGAAAUUCCUCUCGGAUCCGCCGGCCUUGGCGCGUUCCAGCAGCUUCAGCAGUCUGAGUAGCUUCAGCAGCAUCAGCAACAUCAGCUCCGUGUGCAAGAACAUGGCCAGCAAUGCCAGUCAGGAGGGCAGCCUGAAGCGCUCCAAGGAGCGCACUCCGCCGCCCUUAGCGCCACAGAAACCCGCUGCCACAUCAACUGCAACAUCGGCAACAUCGGGGGCAUCGGGGACAUCGGCCAGUGCCACGGCAGCAACAUCCGCCAGGGAAAACAACAGAGAACACAGCAGCAGCAGCAAUGGCGCCAUGACAGCUCAAAUUGAGAUAAUUCCGUGCAAAGUCUGCGGCGACAAGUCAUCCGGCGUGCACUACGGCGUGAUCACCUGCGAGGGCUGCAAGGGCUUCUUCCGAAGGUCGCAGAGCUCCGUGGUGAACUACCAGUGUCCGCGCAACAAGCAAUGUGUGGUGGACCGCGUUAAUCGCAACCGCUGUCAAUACUGUAGACUGCAAAAGUGCCUAAAACUGGGAAUGAGUCGUGAUGCUGUAAAGUUCGGCAGGAUGUCCAAGAAGCAGCGCGAGAAGGUCGAGGACGAGGUCCGGUUCCACAAGGCCCAGAUGAGGGCCCAGAGCGACGCGGCACCCGACAGCUCCGUCUACGACACCCAGACGCCCUCGAGCAGCGACCAGCUGCAUCACAACAACUACAAUAGCUACAGCGGCGGCUACUCGAACAACGAGGUGGGCUACGGCAGUCCCUACGGAUACUCGGCCUCCGUGACGCCCCAGCAGACCAUGCAGUACGACAUCUCGGCGGACUACGUGGACAGCACCACCUACGAGCCGCGCAGUACAAUAAUCGAUCCCGAAUUUAUUAGUCACGCGGAUGGCGAUAUCAACGAUGUGCUGAUCAAGACGCUGGCGGAGGCGCAUGCCAACACAAAUACCAAACUGGAAGCUGUGCACGACAUGUUCCGAAAGCAGCCGGAUGUGUCGCGCAUUCUCUACUACAAGAAUCUGGGCCAGGAGGAACUCUGGCUGGACUGCGCCGAGAAGCUUACACAAAUGAUACAGAACAUAAUCGAAUUUGCUAAGCUAAUACCGGGAUUCAUGCGCCUGAGUCAGGACGAUCAGAUAUUACUGCUGAAGACGGGCUCCUUUGAGCUGGCGAUUGUUCGCAUGUCCAGACUGCUAGAUCUCUCACAGAACGCGGUUCUCUACGGCGAUGUGAUGCUGCCCCAGGAGGCCUUCUACACAUCCGACUCGGAGGAGAUGCGCCUGGUGUCGCGCAUCUUCCAAACGGCCAAGUCGAUAGCCGAACUCAAACUGACUGAAACCGAACUGGCGCUGUAUCAGAGCUUAGUGCUGCUCUGGCCAGAACGCAACGGAGUGCGUGGUAAUACGGAAAUACAGAGGCUUUUCAAUCUGAGCAUGAAUGCGAUUCGGCAGGAGCUGGAAACGAAUCAUGCGCCGCUCAAGGGCGAUGUCACCGUGCUGGACACACUGCUGAACAACAUACCCAAUUUCCGCGACAUUUCCAUCUUGCACAUGGAAUCGCUGAGCAAGUUCAAGCUGCAGCACCCGAACGUCGUGUUCCCGGCGCUCUACAAGGAGCUCUUCUCGAUAGAUUCGCAGCAGGACCUGACAUAACAAGAGCAGCAGCCGUUCCUGGAGACGACCGCGGACGACGUUGCCGAGGAUGCGGCUGCCACCGGAUGUGUCCUGCCGCCGGUGGCGCCCCCUGCCGGACAGCAGCAGCCACCGCUGCUUGAGGACUGAGGGCCGCUGGAUGCGGCAACAAUAAUUAUUUGCGUAAAAAACUGCGCUGCACUGCGAUGGCGAUGGCGAUUGCGAUUGCGAUUGCGAUUGCGAUUGCAGCAGAUACAAGAGAACUUUAUCAUGAUUUAAGCUAGCAUACAACCAAGGAUGUGAUCCUCGCCAAGGACUCACUUAAAAAGAACUCUAUCUAUAUACAUAUAUAUAUUAUAUAUGACAGAGCGGAUGACGCAAAAAGGGAAGGGAAAAUAUUUCAAAAAUAUUGUUAACUCAGUUAAGACUUUUGCUUCGUAGAGAACCGAAACCGAAACCGAUUGCAUUUCGAGCAAGGGGCAUCAAACUCUGAUUUUCGAGGUUAUACUCUAUAAACACCGUUGUAUGUAACUUCCCCAACUCUCAUAUCCAGACCCGAGCAAAUCAGAUCGACUAAGUACUUAAAGCCAAGCGAAAUUCUCUACACAGCAUACUCGAGAAUCCAGAACCCGAACCCCAUGAAAACUUUAGUUCCGGUAACGUUGACCCCCAUUAAAUCCCGAUUCCGAUCCCGCCUAGGUUGUCUUUGCCUUACGUUGUAACUAAAGUAUGUGUAUUAUAUAUACUGAAGAUGUAUGUAUAACUUUGUCUUAUCGGUUAUAUGUAGCAUGCCCAACAACAUUAUUUCUUUGUAAACAACUAAAUCGAAUAUCUCGGAAAAUGUGUUCUUAUAAUUAUAUUGAUUAAUGCAAUUACAAUAUAUUUACAAUUUACCGUUACGUUUUUACAUUUUACAUAAGACGAAGAGAAAGGAAACAGAGACGUUUAAGGAUUAGGAAGCAAAAGAGAAAGUUAGGAGGAGGAGAAGAAAGUAGCAGUUAAAGUGAGCGAGAAAUCGAAAGAAAACGAGAAAAUUUCAAGCAAGCACAUAAAAGUAUGCAAUAUUUUGUUUAAAAACAACUUUUUAUUAGUUUCUUAAAUAUAACAUAAUUACGUACAUACACACACGUAUAUAUAGGACUAUAUAUAUCUCUAUAUAUAUAUACAUGAUAGAAAAAUCCCAAUCCGGUUCCAAGGUUUAGUAAAAAUAAAGCGAAAUAAAACGAAAAACAAAAAACUUUUGAUAUGAAAUCCUACGCAUAAUUACAAACUUUUAUUGUUUCUAAGACUUAAACUUAAAUAAAAUGAAAACCAAAACAGACUGACGGACCGACC